AUGGAGGAUCAAUGCCGUGUGUAUCUGUUUGGAGACCAAACAAGCGACAUCGAGGCUGGCCUACGACGCUUGUUACAAGCGAAGAACAACACCAUCGUCCAGUCUUUUUUCCAGCAAUGCUUCCACGCGCUACGUCAAGAAAUUUCGAGGCUCCCGCCAUCUCAACGAAAGCUCUUCCCUCGCUUCACGAGCAUUGUCGACCUGCUCUCUAGACACCGUGAAUCAGGGCCCAGCCCCGUCUUGGAAAGUGCCUUUACGUGUAUCUACCAGCUGGGUUCCUUCAUACACCACCUCGUUGCGUUGAUUUCCGGAAUUAGCGAGGAAGCGGCAGCUAGCCUCAUUGACGAAUACAGUAGCAAGAAGGCUACUCCUCCGUCGUCGAAGCCGUAUAUCAGCGCGGUCAGUUCAAACGGGGUGACUAUCAGUGCGCCCCCCGUGGUGCUCGACGAUUUCAUUGAAGCUAGCCUUUCGAAGAACUACAAGCCGGUCAGAGCACCGAUCCAUGGCCCCUACCAUGCGCCGCACCUGUACGAUGAGAAGGAUAUCGAGCGCAUAUUGCAAGCUUGCCCCCCAGACGUUUUGCCGAACUACUCGCCUGCUACGCCUGUUAUUUCCAGCAAUACCGGCAAGCCCAUUGAGGCCAAGUGCAUCAAAGACCUCUUCAAAGUUGCGCUCGAGGAAAUUCUGUUGCAACGGCUGUGCUGGGACAAAGUGACAGAAUCUUGCUCAGCAGUAUGCAAGUCAGCAACGGACAAGGAAUGCAAACUGUUCCCGAUCUCGAGCGGUGCCACCCAGAGUUUGUUCACUGCACUCAAGAAGGCCGGUAUGAACAUCGGCCUGGAGACCGGGGUCGGAGAUAUCAUUCCGAACCCAGACACCCCGAAUCGCACAGGCAAAACCGAAUGUUCCAAGAUUGCCAUCAUCGGAAUGUCCGGAAGGUUUCCUGACGCAGAUAGUACGGAGAGCUUUUGGGAACUCCUGUACAAAGGUCUUGAUGUGCAUCGCAAAGUUCCGGCUGAUCGUUGGGAUGUCGAUGCCCACGUCGACGUCACUGGCACCAAGAGGAACACAAGCAGAGUGCCCUAUGGUUGCUGGAUAAAUGAGCCUGGGCUGUUUGACCCUCGAUUUUUCAACAUGUCGCCCCGAGAAGCGCUCCAGGCAGAUCCCGCCCAACGGCUUGCUUUGCUCACAGCCUAUGAAGCCCUCGAGAUGGCUGGUUUCAUCCCGGAUAGCUCCCCGUCAACACAGAGGGACCGCGUGGGCGUCUUCUAUGGAAUGACUAGUGACGACUAUCGUGAAAUCAACAGCGGCCAAGACAUUGAUACCUACUUUAUCCCUGGAGGCAACCGGGCCUUUACGCCGGGCCGGAUAAACUACUAUUUCAAGUUCAGCGGACCCAGUGUGAACGUUGAUACGGCCUGUUCGUCUAGUCUGGCAGCUAUCCAUUUGGCUUGCAAUGCUAUCUGGAGGAACGACUGUGAUGCGGCUAUCACUGGCGGUGUGAACGUCUUGACCAACCCUGACAAUCAUGCCGGUCUGGACCGGGGCCAUUUCCUGUCUAGAACUGGAAAUUGCAACACUUUUGACGAUGGCGCGGAUGGCUACUGCAGAGCAGACGGUAUCGGCAGUAUUGUCCUGAAACGCCUUGAGGACGCCGAAGCUGACAACGAUCCGAUUAUUGGUGUCAUCAACGGAGCGUACACAAACCACUCUGCUGAGGCUGUGUCAAUUACUCGUCCUCAUGUUGGUGCGCAAUCAUUCAUCUUCAACAAGCUACUCAACGAAGCGAAUGUUGAUCCAAAGGACGUGAGCUACGUUGAAAUGCAUGGUACAGGAACGCAGGCCGGUGACGCUGUCGAAAUGCAAUCUGUCCUUGAAGUCUUUGCCCCUGAUUAUCGCCGCGGUCCCGGGCAGUCUCUUCAUCUUGGCUCCGCCAAGGCCAAUAUUGGGCACGGAGAAUCUGCAUCUGGUGUCACUGCUCUUGUCAAGGUCCUCAUGAUGAUGCGGGAAAACAUGAUUCCUCCUCACUGUGGCAUAAAGACCAAGAUCAACCACAAUUUCCCGACGGACUUGUCCAAGCGCAAUGUUCAUAUCGCUUUUCAGCCCACUCCUUGGAACCGGCCCGCUUCUGGAAAGCGCCGUACCUUCGUGAACAACUUUUCGGCUGCUGGUGGAAACACUGCUCUUCUUGUGGAAGAUGCUCCCAUUCCGCAGCAAAAGGGGCAGGACCCUCGCUCGUUCCACCUGGUGACUUUGUCUGCUAGAUCCCAAACUGCCUUGAGAAACAACAUCGACUCCCUUGUGAAAUACAUCGACUCACAGGGCAAGCAUUUUGGAGUAAAGGAGACCGAUUUCCUUCCUAGCUUGGCUUAUACGACUACCGCACGCCGAAUCCAUCAUCCUUUCCGGGUUACUGCGGUUGGUGGAAGCCUGCAGGCAUUGCGCGACUCGCUGCAUGGUGCUUCGCACCGUGAGACCUUCACUUCGGUACCGACAACAGCCCCAGGGAUUGGUUUUGUCUUUACCGGCCAAGGUGCGCAGUAUUCUGGCAUGGGCAAGGAACUCUACCGCAGUUGCUUCCAAUUUAGGACUGUGAUCGAACACUUCGAUUGCAUUGCACGCAGUCAAGGAAUCCCUUCGAUUAUUCCGCUUGUUGAUGGAAGUGUGCCUGUUGAGGACCUCAGCCCCGUCGUGGUACAGGUGGGAACCACCUGUGUCCAAAUGGCUCUGGUAAAUUACUGGAUUGCUCUGGGUGUGAAGCCGGCAUUCAUCAUCGGACACAGUCUUGGUGAUUACGCUGCACUCAAUACGGCCGGUGUUCUGUCCACUACCGACACCAUCUACCUAUGCGGACGACGUGCCCAACUUCUCACAAAGGAAUGCAAAAUCGGAACACAUUCGAUGUUGGCCAUCAAGGCAUCCUUGGCUGAGGUCAAGCAGUUCCUCAGAGACGAUGUCCAUGAAGUCUCUUGCGUGAAUGCACCUGCUGAAACUGUUGUCAGUGGCCUUGUCUCUGACAUUGAUGAGCUGGCUCAAAAGUGCUCCACUGAGGGCCUGAAAUCGACCAAGCUGCGAGUUCCAUACGCUUUCCAUUCCUCUCAGGUUGAGCCCAUCCUGGACACCUUUGAAGAAAUCGCCCGGGGUGUUACCUUCCAUAAACCCACAACCCCAUUUGUCUCAGCUCUGCUCGGUGAAGUAAUCACGGAUGCUAAUUGGGAUUGCCUCGGAGCCAAGUACCUGAGAGACCAUUGCAGAAAAUCGGUCAACUUCCUCGGUGGACUGGAGGCCACCAGACACGCCAAGCUGACGAACGAUAAAACCCUAUGGGUUGAGAUUGGCUCGCAUACCAUCUGUUCGGGAAUGAUCAAGGCGACUCUCGGACCACAAGUUACUACAGUUGCCUCCCUCCGUCGUGAAGAAGACACCUGGAAGGUUCUUUCAAACAGUUUGUCGAGUCUUCACCUGGCUGGUAUUGACCUUAACUGGAAGCAAUACCACCAAGACUUCGCCUCUUGCCAUCAAGUCCUGCGGCUCCCGUCCUACAAGUGGGAUCUCAAGAACUACUGGAUUCCCUACACCAACAACUUCUGCUUGACCAAGGGAGCCCCAGUAGCCGCGAUUGCGGCGGCCCCACAAUACGAGUUCUUGACAACCGCUGCUCAGAAGGUCAUCGAGACUCGGGAUGAUGGAGAAACGGCUACGGUGGUGGUAGAGAAUGAUAUCGCGGAUCCAGAUCUGAACCGCGUCAUUCAGGGGCACAAGGUGAACGGAGCUGCGCUCUGUCCUUCGUCGCUCUACGCCGAUAUUUCACAAACACUUGCAGAGUACUUGAUCAAGAAGUACAAGCCCGAAUACGAAGGAUUAGGUCUUGAUGUGUGCGACGUCACUGUUCCGAAGCCUCUUAUCGCAAAAUCUGGACAACAGCUUUUCCGGAUAUCAGCUACAGCGAACUGGGCGGAUAAGAGUACGUCUCUCCAAAUCUACUCUGUUACCCCAGAAGGGAAGAAGACCGUCGAGCAUGCCACCUGCUUCGUCAAGUUCUUCGACAUAGCUGCUGAGCAGACGCAAUGGAAACGGAUGGCAUACCUCAUCAAGAGAGGCAUUGACCGGCUGCAUGAGGUUGCGGAAAAUGGAGAUGCCCACCGAAUGGGGAGAGGCAUGGUGUACAAACUGUUCGGUGCACUGGUCGACUAUGAUGAAAACUUCAAGAACAUGCGCGAAGUGAUCCUCGAUAGUGAAAACCACGAAGCCACUGCGCGCGUCAAGUUCGGGACACCUCAGGGCAAAUUCCACCGGAACCCGUUCUGGAUUGAUAGCUUCGGUCAUCUGUCGGGUUUCAUCAUGAACGCUAGUGAUGCUACAGAUUCCAAAAAUCACGUCUUCGUCAAUCAUGGAUGGGAUUCGAUGCGUUGUCUGAAAAAGUUUGAACCAGAUGUCGCCUACAGAACCUAUGUUAGGAUGCAGCCCUGGCAGAACUCCAUUUGGGCUGGUGAUGUUUAUGUUUUCGAAGGAGACGAAAUCAUUGCGGUGUAUGGAGCUGUCAAGUUCCAAUGCUUGUCGCGCAAGAUUCUUGACACCGUUCUCCCCCCGGUUGGGGCUUCGAAGGCGCCAAGCAGGCCAUCCCCCAGUGCCCAGAGAUCUGCCCCGGUUGCUGUCAACAAGACUCGUGCUAGUGCUCCAGCGCCUGCGAGGCCAGCGGCCAAGCCCCGCGCACCAAGCAUCAUCGGACGUGCCCUCAGCAUACUCGCAUCGGAGGUCGGACUUUCUGAAUCUGAGAUCACGGAUGAUAUGGUUUUCGCAGACUAUGGGGUGGACUCUCUGCUCUCACUGACGGUGACUGGCAGAUACCGGGAGGAGCUAGAUAUUGACUUGGAGUCUUCGGUAUUCAUUGACCAGCCAACCGUUAAGGACUUCAAACAAUUCAUUGCCCAGAUGAGCCCUGCAGAGGCCAGCGAUGGAUCCACCAGUGAUCCAGAGUCUAGCUCUUCCUUCAACGGUGGUUCCUCAACCGACGAGUCCAGCGCUGGCUCCCCUUGUGUCAGCUCGCCACCAAACGAGAAGGUCAUCCAGGCUGAGCAGCACGGUACGAUGAAAGAGAUCCGAGCCAUCCUGGCAGAUGAAAUCGGCGUCUCCGAGGAAGAGCUCAAGGCGGACGAGAAUCUUGCCGAGAUGGGAAUGGAUUCACUGCUUUCUCUCACCGUCCUUGGAAGAAUCCGGGAAACAUUGGAUAUGGAUCUUCCUGGUGAAUUUUUUAUCGAGAACCAGACUCUCAACGACGUUGAGGAAGCGUUGGACCUGAAGCCGAAGGCUGCUCCCGUUCCUCCUGCUCCAGCAGCCGCCCCUGUAUCAGCGCCACCCACCCUGUCGGAACCCGUCCCCAACUCCAAAUCCACCCUCAGUGCCCGGGCAAGCCAACAUCCCCGAGCCACCUCCAUCCUGCUACAAGGAAACCCGAAAACCGCCACCAAGACUCUGUUCCUGUUCCCCGACGGCUCCGGCUCCGCAACCUCCUACGCGGGCAUCCCGGGAGUCUCCCCAGACGUGUGCGUCUACGGGCUAAACUGUCCGUACAUGAAAACGCCCGAGAAGCUCAAAUUCGGCCUCGACGAGAUGACCUUCCCAUACCUGGGUGAAGUCCGGCGCAGACAACCCAAGGGCCCGUACAACUUCGGCGGAUGGUCCGCCGGCGGAAUCUGCGCCUACGACGCCGCUCGAUACCUGAUCCUGGAAGAAGGCGAGCAAGUGGACCGCUUACUCCUUCUGGACUCCCCCUUCCCCAUCGGCCUCGAGAAGCUCCCACCCCGUCUCUACAAGUUCUUCGACAACAUCGGGUUCUUCGGCGAAGGCAAAUCCGCACCCCCGGCCUGGCUGCUACCGCACUUCCUCGCCUUCAUCGAUUCCCUCGACGCCUACAAGGCCGUCCCUCUCCCCUUCAACGACCCGCAAUGGGCCAAGAAAAUGCCCAAGACGUUCCUCAUCUGGGCUAAGGACGGCGUCUGCGGCAAGCCGGGCGAUCCCUGGCCCGAGCCGGCCCCCGAUGGCAGCCCCGACCCGAGGGAGAUGGUCUGGUUGCUCAAGAACCGCGCCGACCUGGGUCCAAACAAAUGGGACACGCUGGUUGGGCCCGACAACGUCGGCGGGAUCACUGCCAUGGAGGGCGCGAACCAUUUCACUAUGACCCUGGGGUCGAAGGCGAAGGAGUUGUCGACUUUCAUUGCGAACGCGAUGACAAAUUAAUUAGAUUGCACGACCUUUUACUGAUUGACUGACUGAUUGAUUGAUUGAUUCAUUCAUUCAUCCACUACGCACUUUCUCUUUCUUACCAAUUUCCUUUUCAUCUUUUUUUUUUUAAAUGAGCUUCUUUAUUUUAUUUUUCCUAUGUCCCCUGACAUGAAUAGUUCCUAAUCCUGCUGUUAACCUCAUUCAUUAAAAGACGAUUGAAUGACUUGCACUCAAGCACGCGCUAUACAUGAAUGGAUUGGGUUCAUUGAUUCGAUUUGGUUUAAUGAUGACGGAAUGUGAUUGAUGUAUUACAUGUCGCCUACUGGAACUAUCUACUGGCCUAGUUUUGAUCUCUCUCUCUCUCUCUCUCUCUCAUGACUUAUAAUAGAAUGGCAAUAUACG